CUCUUCGUCUGCCUCCUCCUCAUCUCCGUCCUCCUCCCCUCCCCCCUCUCGUGACGCCUUCUCCGCCUCGGGUUGGUCGUCGCCGCCUCACUCUCCAUCCGGCUCGGGGACAUAGCCCAAGUCCAGCGACCAGUGUUCUGGUGAUGUGAACCAGAUGGUCGCGGCCGGGUUGACCUCCUGGGCCUCCUGGUCCAGCGGCACACGGGCUGGUCUCUCACCCAGGAAGGCUGGCGUGUCUUCGGGCAGGGGGGAGCCCGGCGUGUCGGCGGCAAUGGUGUUGGCCAGGUCAAUCAUGAUGCCGCCGUUGACAGAGGGGAAGCGCUCGAGAACGCCGUCGGGGCACAUCAGGGCCUGUCGUGGCAGCAUCACGUUGUUGAGGAAGGCGUCCAGGCAGUAGAUGCCGUGCUUGACGGCAGUGCGGUGGGCCUGCGUGGUGAUGACGGGGGCCUUGGUCAUGACCUUGAGGUCCGCCAACAGCCUCGCCAACGCCCGCCUGGGGUCGUCCUUCCGCGCCUCCUUGUACCUGGCCGCCACGAUGCCCAGCCUGUACUGGUUCUCGACCAGCUCCCCGCUCUUCCAGCCGAUAAGGCGGCUCAGCUCGACAUAGUCGGCUGCACACAUACACACACACGCACAGACGCAGAAUAUCCACAGGACAUCAGCAGCAGGUCCCGCCCUGUUCGUGAUCCCAUUCCGUCCUUUCUGCCAUCCAUCCAUCCAUCCAUCCAUCCAUCGUGUGUGCAGGUCACUCACCCAGGAGUGGUGGCAUGGCUAUGAAGAGGACCUUCUUGGGGUUGCCAUCGGGGCCCGUGUACUGGGCAGGGCUCUGUGGGUCGGUGUCGGCGGCGAUGAGCGUGAGGAAGGGUGACUGGCCCUUGAGCGUACGCAUCCGGCUCGCCUCCACCUCAAAAUCCCUUGCCGCCCUCUUGAUGCGGUCGUCGGGCAGGCCCUCCAACGACAUGAUCUUGAUGGCGGCGUCGUCGCUGCCGCCGUCGGGCCGUGGCACCCUCCCUCUCAUGACCGUCACCCUGUCGCUGGUGCCCAAAAUGGAGGCGGCUUCCUCCUCAAACUCGACAGUGCGGCCGUCGCUAAACAGCAGCCUUGAGCAGCACAUGAGGCACAUAGCUCCGAUGGCGAUGCCAAUAUAAAGUGCACGGUGGUGCAGGGGAAGUCGACGUCUGCGACCGUCGCAAAGCGAUGCGGCUCUCGUGGUGGCUGUUGGUUGGUCCUGGAAUAUCGGAUAUUUGUUCUCUA